AUGCCGCUCCAUGACUUGUCCUCAUCGACCUCUCUGGGAGUCUACAUCGAGCGGAGCCAGUCUCUCCUUGCCAGCGGCUUUGCAGGAGGCCGGACUGAUAACUUAUCGGGCAUUCUUGCGCGCAGAUCGAAUCCACUCUUAUUUGGCCGCAGAGCUCGCAUGGCCAAAAUCGACCUCAUUGACUUUUCAGAGGUGCACAUGCUCCAGACGAACAAUAUCCUUAAUUUUGUAGAACUCGGACACGCUGCAAGGAUCCAAGUGCAGAGACAGAAGCCAGGACACGCUCGCGUGUGUGUGGGCUGGGCCCAAGCCACGCCGCCCUCGCGACCGAAACGGGCGGCGGAUAGCCCGGCGCAGACGCCCAGGUUGCCCGAGGCUGCGGCCUCUUGGCACCAGCCACUGGCGCGCAAAGGGGGUGGUGACCGCCACAUCAUCGCCGUGUUCCCCGAGCCCGAGUGUCCAUGA